UUUAGUUUUCGGUGUAGGAAGCCGUGUUUGGGGAAAUUUCUAUCUUAGAACUACACUACCUAUAAUGCACAGCGCACCGAAGCCUAUUAAUCGAGUGUUGAUUCAUCGUUCAUACUGCUCGCCCACACAAACCGUCCAAUUUUCUCCCAGCGGUCGCAUCCUGCCUGCCUGUUGUAGCGCUACCGUUAGCUUACCAAUAAAGCAGCAGCAAGUCAUUGCUUCUUAGAAAAUAUUGCCUCUUUUCCGUCAUUAUCAUGACUUUUUGCGCGAUGAGUGUACGGGAAAAUGAUACUGCUGUUUUGGAUGCCAAAACGACUUCUUUAGGAGAAAAUUUCCCUUGUAAAGUCCCUUUUUUCUAUUCGACCUCGGUAGCUGAGCGGGUUUAGCAAGUCAGUCCGUUUUGACAAGCGAGUGGGCUCAUCUGUGCACCGCUGCUGCCGCUGCUCUGAGACGGGGGGAGGAUUUGGACAAAGCCAGUCAGAUGUUGGACGGUAAAAAUAACCUUGGAACUCCUGCAUUUUUACACCGAGUUGUGAAAUUAAGUUAUCAAGCUGAUCAUCUAUCGUGAAAGUGCCCGGAAUAAGGGGAGGGGUAAGGUCUAUUUUUGGAGGACGGUGAGAGUUUGGUGGAUCUCGCAUCGAAGGAAGGGGAACGUGGAGGACGAAGACCCGCAGAGAAGAAGGGACUAGGGGGAGAACAUCCUGAUGCCAGUGAUGGCAAACGAACCGAUCAUCCUGAACGUUUAUGAUAUGUAUUGGAUCAAUGAGUUUACCAGCUCUCUGGGCAUUGGUGUUUUUCACUCAGGAAUUGAGAUCUAUGGACGAGAGUUUGCCUAUGGCGGACACCCGUACCCAUUCUCAGGGAUCUUUGAGAUCACACCAGGUGAAGCAACAGAACUUGGAGAGACCUUUAAGUUCAAAGAAGCCAUAGUGUUGGGCAGCACCGACUUCACAGAGGAAGAUGUGGAGCGCAUUGUUGAGGAGAUGGGGAAGGAGUACAAAGGAAACGCCUACCACCUCAUGCACAAGAACUGCAACCACUUCUCCUCUGCACUGUCAGAGAUCCUGUGUGGCAGGGAGAUCCCUCGCUGGGUGAACCGCCUGGCCUACUUCAGCUCCUGUGUGCCGUUCCUUCAGAGCUGCCUGCCCAAAGAGUGGCUGACUCCUGCCGCCUUACAGUCCAGCGUCAGCCAGGAGCUGCACGGAGCUGGAGAUCUAGAGGAAGCGGAGGACGCUGCCGCCACUGCCUCUCUGGCAUCCAUGUCACCCUGUUCGCCCUCGUCCUCAUCCAGCCCCACCUCCUUCCCCCGGCAUUCUAGACAUCAACCCCGCCGGUAAAAGCUGCAAUGUCUGCUGGUAAAAUUUGGGACUGGAAUUUUGGUCACAGUGACUAUCAGGUAACAGAACACCUGCACCAAUGAAGCAUCCUGCUACAGGAAAAAUCCUGUCAGUGUCUUCAAGCAUGGCACUGAAACCGCUGCCUGCUCUGGGGGAGAAAGUCAGCAAGAUCUCUGCAGUGAUCGGGAGUUUUUUCCUUCUUGCUGCUGACAGAUACAGGAUCAUCUCUCAGUGAACAUGGCUUCUGGGUUUUAACAACACACCCAAAUCCAAACAAGUUCCCCACACACCACUUUCGCUGUUUUACCAGGCAAUCCACAGUACUAAAAGAAGCAAAAGCUGUUGUCUGUCCAUCACAGUUUUCUACAAUUUUGUGAAAUUUAACAGUCACAAGCACAUUUUACCAGCAGUUAGUUGGUGGAUGGUGCUAUUUUUUAAGUGAAUAAGUUUGAGCAUGACCUCUGAAAAGCUAAAGCCAAGGCCUUUUUAUUUGUUAAAUUUGAAGUUGGAUAUUAUUUGUAAAUAACUCCAAAGUAUACAAAUGCUGUUGCUACACAAAUAAUGUUUAUAAAUUCAGACUUUGA